AUGGCUCAAGCUUCGACCGCCGACGAGUCGAGAGAACGUGCUGUCUCGUCCGAGCCUUGCUCAACCCGCCCCAACCCAUUUGACGACAGUGAUAUCUCGUCCCGAAAGCGGCGGCGCACCUCGCUGAGCGGCGCCUCUAGAAGCCGGUCCGUCGACACGGUCAAUUCUGCUUCUGCCUCGCCUCUCGUCGGUGACUUGGGCCCCGAGGCAAAGAGUGACUCCGCCAUGAAGGUUGACACCGACCCCACCACACCCACAACCCCCGAGAACCAGCAACAACCACCCCAGACGCAGCCUCCUCCCUCAGGCCCGCGGUCGAGUCGGGUCACGAUUAAUGUGCGGACUCCUUCUCGUCCACUCGAGGCCAUUCCGUCAUCUCCUCCUUCGCCCUCGCUCCACGACCAGACAGUAGCCGCCAACGUCCCCGCCGAUGCCGUCCAGAUCAGUGUGGAGGAAUCCGAGGUCGACAUGUCUCGGGAAGAUACAGUUGUUAAUACUCCGCUGUCGUUGUCUUCGUCAUCGUCGGGCGGUGGAAGCCCCCCUAUCGAGAUCAUCUCGGUCCAGCCAGAUGACGACGACGGCGAGUUUGGUGACCAGGCUUCGGUGACCAUCUUGGACGGCUUCCCACACUCAAUGGUGCAGGGCCCCUUGGUGGAUUUACCAGACCCCACGGCAGAUUUUCCAUUCCGCGACAUGGCCGAGCCAUAUUUGGAUGUUAUAAAUAGGUUAACACAGUACCUUUGCACUCAUGAGACGGUCAGUCAAGGGCUGACCGACUGGAUCGAGAAGUACUUGGCCUUCGCCAGGACGUCGCCGUUCGAGACGGUGGUGCAGUCGUUCCAUGAAAACCGAGAGGUCUGGGUCAACCUUCCCGACAUGGUCUUCUUCUUGGUCAACCGCAAGUCACCAUAUCCGCGAGCCAAGGCGCGGCAGGAUAUAUUUGGGUUCUUCAAGGCCUUUGCCGGCUUAUCUGCAUACUUCAUCGAGUUCGAUAUCAAGUCUUUGAUUCAGAGCAAAGCAGCUGAUUACCCAUCUCUGCCCGACCUUGUCUCGCAGUUCUAUGUUCAAGCUCUUAGCAACUUGACCCGAAAGGAAGAGAUCACUUUGCAAACGUCACAACUGCAAAAUGCCGACGAUGAUUUCAGCUAUCUUGCGGAGGUAUCGGAGAUUCUGGACACGUUCCAUGGCUUCCACAACAACAGCGGCGGCUCGUUUGCUUUCCUCUGGAAGCUGGUCCAGAUCGAGUCCGGGCUCGUGCUGCGCUUUCCUAAGCUCACAGACAGCCUGGGAUACUUGUGCGCGUUCGCUGCCAACUUCCUCGAAUAUAACUUCCGCAAGAUGCCGCUGUCGAAUCAGACGGCGGUCAUGGAGAGCACCCGGGGGAUCAUCGCUCGUGGCUACGCCUUGUACAGCAGCACAUCAGCAGCGCUCGCCAAUGUCAUUGACAAACAUGUCAACCAUCUCUCUUCCGAUGGCGCCUCGAAUCUUCUCACUUCGUUGACAGAGAUAUUCCGAAUAAGUCUCAGCACCAACCAAAUCGUGCCUAUAGACAUCAUCAAGGAGCAUCGCCAGAAUCACCCACCAAUAUCCUUAGAGCACGUGCCAGAGGCCAUGGCCUAUCACUGGAAGUUCACGACAUACAGCAAGCUCAUCAUGUCGAGUCAGAUGCAACUUCGAGUCAUGGCAGUCUCGGCCAUGUGCACCGAUCUCGUCCAGUUCUGGCGCAAGUUUAACGAACCAGCGGAUGAGCCGAGUACCGCCUUCUUGCAAUAUGUUGCCGACUUUCUUCUCCGGACUGGACUGGUUGCAUAUAUUCUUGGGCCCACUUGUCACCCCGAGAUAACCAUCGAGAGUAGUAAUAUCGUCGGGUUUCUCUUAGUGUCUGGGACCUAUACGAAUGCACAUACGGAUGCCUUGUGGCAGACUGUCACUUCAACCCAAGACCCGCGGGUGUCGGAUGCCUUGAUCAGGAUGACAAGCCGGAUCACAAACCUCUACCCGUACGACAGCCUAGUAUAUCUCGCAGGAAAGUUGAACACGGUCGGCGUGGAGGCUUUUGGCCCAACAAUGCGCGAGUUCUGUGAACAGAUCUUCAGGCAUUUGCAUACCAAAUCCGGUUUUGACAGGCCAGUUCCAGACCCGGCGCCGUUUGACCUAUGCGUACGUUUGAUACGGAAGUCGUCUGCAUUUGGACCGCAGUCACCAAUAGCACACGCCGACAUCCAACAGUUCGCUAUCCAGAAAUUUAAGGAAAUUUUGGGCUAUGGGCCGGCUACGGAGACCCGGCGGAGGCUCUACUUGGACUGCUUCAACGAUAUUGCUCAGAGGUCAUCCCCUACAAUUGGCAGUCUCUGGGUGAUGAACCUCCUAGCGCGCCCAUAUGUGCCGCGCGAGUUGCAUGCCUUGACUGCAGAGCAUGAUUUGACGAGGCUCCUGAUUGAUGAGCUGGAGGAUGCUAUUCCCGCAGCGCGAAGCGCGGGUUUUCCGGCUGUUCUCAGCGGCCCCCAGAACACGCCGCGCAAGGAACUUCUCAUGUUCAUCCUCUAUCAUGAGUCGCCGACAAUCACAAAAGACCUAGGGCCUAGGCUUUGGCAUCUACUCGUUGGCCCCGGAGCCGCGUGCCGGGAAGAUAGGGACGUUGCAUGGCAGCUGUUGAACAAUUCUUUGAAACGACACCCGGGCGGGAAUCCCUUUACGUCAACAUGCUUCUCGGAAUACCUGCCGGCUCUUGGCCCAGAAUGCUUCUGCCUUGGCACGCUCGAAUUUGUCUGUGAAGGAGUCCUUCCUCUUGUCAACGACAUUACGAGCAUUAUCCUCGAUGACGAUGACCUCGACCAAGCCGGGAUCGAGCAACUAUGGCGACUGAUCCUUACCGCGCCGGAAAACACUAUUGAGCAGCAGGCCAUUCAUACCUUAGUCAAUGACGUUUAUGUCGACAGCCGAUCCAUUUUGUCUUUUCCUCACUACCGCGCGCGAAAGGUGCACCUGGCACUCGUCAGUCGAUGUCUUCGACAGCUAUCUUCGGCGGCUGCAAAGCUGAAGGCCUCUGCCGAUGGCGCAACGAGCGGUGACGACGACUCCAUGGUCAUAGUCGUCACAGAUCAACAGCUCCUUGAGCAGGAACUUUUGUUUAUCCGCUCGCUUUCUGUCCUCAGAGAGUUCCACCGGAUUCACCAAGCCAAGGCACAUUUCUCGGCACCAGAUUUACGGGCCCUCAUCCUCGACCCUCCCAAUGAAGUCGAGGGAGAUUCUGCAGAGUUGAAGUUCCAGUCAUUCGACGGCGACUUGCAGACAGAGGUUAAGCCUCUUGAAAUAGGAAAGCGCAAUACAGCAGCGUCGCUCUUGGCGAGCCUGCGGGAGGCUACAGGGUUCAAUAAUUAUCGGAUCUACUAUCGAGGCCGGCCCUUUGCACCUCAAGAGAGCGAGAUAUGCAAGUCUCUUGAAGAUCUUCAGAUUCAGAACGGCAUCAUACUUGUAAAACGGGAGUCUGACACAUCAGGCUCCCCGGCUCGUGUACGUCCCGGAGCGUCUCCCGUGGAGGUGGAAAUUCUUGGACACUUUGAAGAGUUGUGGGAGUACCUAUCGAUGGAACAGAAAUUAUCUCAAGAGAUCUAUAGUUUCUUGGUGAAGCUACCGGCUGAUGAGAAUAUUCUGAAAGCCAUCGGGAAUCCUUCGACAUCCUACCAGGAAUUCUUUCCCCUUGGCCAAGCGUUCAAGUCUCUGUACGCAGUGCAUGCAUUGCGCGAAUAUCUUGGCACUCAACGCCGCAGAUUUCCCCCUGGGGAUUUUGAAGAGCAAAAAGAGUAUGCAGAUGGUUGGCCGCAAUCUUACUCUGCUUCCCUGAUUAGAGCAAUGUCUCUUUUGGUUCCUGCGCUCUCCGACCCUGAGGUGAUUGCGCAAUGUCCGAGACAAGAGCUACAAAUGGAUGUGAGCUCUGCUUUGGUGGAAUGUUUCGUGGCUCUCCUGAAAGAUCCUUAUCUUCCGACCUCGGCAGCCCCAUUUCUCGAUGCGCCCCUUUUGGAUCGCCUUUUGACCAUUCUAUUGACAACCCUAUCACCUAGCUCUUCGGAUAGCGCUACUAAGCACGCGACGCUCUGUCUUCGCAGCAUCUUGGAGUCCUGCUGCAUCAGCAAUACCUUCAUGUCGGCAUUCUGUGCACAUUCCAAAGUUCCUGGCUUAUUUGAAGAUUUACUCCUUCAUGACCAGCGGGCGGCGCUCAGGCAGAACACUGCACUUCUUAUCGUGGAGAAAGUUGGCAAACACCUUGUUGAGCCUAAUGCAACCACCGAUGAGUUUCGGGAAUUCUUUUGGCCACUGGUGUCGGGACUCGUUGGCCCGGCUAUUGCACAUGCAGGCAAUUCCACCGAAGUGUUGCACCUUUGCUACCAAAUGUUCGAGGCUCUGCGAGAUGUCCAAUCUCGGAUCCUAGAUGUCCAAAAACUCCUGGAUGAUUGGAGCCGGCUGCUUCUUGCGUACACAACAUUUGAGGAUCUAACUCAGCCUGACAUCGUCGACCACGUUGCAAGUAGCUUGAUUCAGCUGCUCCAUACCAUCGUGUGCAGCUCCGAGCAGACACGGAACUGGAAUGCCAAAGCUUCGAGUGGUCUUGCGCGACAAAUAUUUUGGAAGCACUUGUUUCCGCCUGGGGAUGCGGAGGUCAAGUCAGAGCCUAUUCGGCCAGUACUUAAUCCUCAAAGCAGGAUAAUGCUGACCCAGAUCAUGUUUGGCCUCAUUGACGGCGACUCGCCCCAGACCAUGUGGCUCCUGGAGGAUCUCGAUGAGCUAGUUCCAGUUUUCCCAGACGAAGAGGAGUUUUAUGGAUAUGAGCUCCUGCAGCAGUUCGAGAGAUCUAAGGCUGUCAGGUCACCAUGUGGCUAUGUUGGCCUCAAGAACCUAUCCAAUACUUGCUAUCUCAACUCGUUGUUCACGCAGCUCUUCAUGAAUGUCGACUUCCGCCGGUUUAUGCUCAAAGCGGAUGUGCGAGACGCCGACUUUUCCCAGGCCCUGCUAUUCCAGACGCAGAAGCUGUUUGGUUUCAUGCAAGGAAGCAUUCGCCGAUACGUAACUCCCGACGAGUGCGUCGCGAAUAUCAAGACGUAUGAGGACACACAAAUCGACAUCCACAACCAGAUGGACGUGGACGAAUUCUACAACCUGCUUUUCGAUCGUUGGGAGGGUCAGCUCUUGACUAGCGAGGAGAAGCAUCAAUUUCGGUCCUUCUAUGGUGGUCAGCUGGUCCAGCAAGUCUCCUCCAAAGAAUGCGAGCACAUAUCCGAGAGACUGGAGCCAUUUUCAGCCAUCCAAUGCGACAUCAAAGGCAAGAGUUCUCUGCAAGAGAGUUUACAGGCUUAUGUCGAUGGCGAGAUAAUGGAAGGAGCAGACAACAAAUACAAGUGUUCGACUUGCGAUCGCCAUGUCGACGCAGUCAAGAGAGCCUGCCUCAAAGAUGUGCCAGACAACUUGAUAUUCCAUCUCAAGCGGUUUGACUUUAAUCUGCGGACCCUUCAGAGGAGCAAGAUCAACGACUAUUUCACGUUUCCAGGCAAAGUCGACAUGCGGCCAUAUACCAUUGACCAUUUAAGCAACCCCGCCGAUGAGAAAUCUGAAGACAUAUUCGAGCUCGUCGGUAUCCUCGUUCAUUCCGGGACUGCCGAAUCAGGUCAUUACUACUCUUACAUCCGAGAGAGGCCAUCGCAGAGCGAUAGUCAAGUGUGGGUCGAGUUCAAUGACGAUGUUGUCACCCCCUGGGAUCCCGCUAUGAUAGAGAGUUCGUGCUUUGGCGGCCCUGACUACCGAUCCCACUUCGAAAACAAUACGGUCUACGACAAAACGUAUAGCGCAUACAUGCUGUUUUACCAGAGAUCCUCAUCUCUGGCCAAGGCGCAGGAACUGCUCAAGAACCCUGGAUCUACUAGCCCGCUGCGCGUCCCGAUCUCUCGGAAACUGGACGAGUUCAUGUCGGAGGAAAACAAUUCUCUGCUUAGAAGGCAUUGCCUCUAUGAUCCCUAUCAGAUUGAGUUCGUCAAGCUGGCGCUUCAUCAUAUGAAUAGCGUCACCCGCCACCGAUGUUCCAGGAAGCACGACAUGGAAAACCUCGCAAUUACAAUGGCUUUAAGCCAUCUCGACCAGGUUGCCUCGAGAACCAAGGAUGCCCCGGACUUCUUCUCGCUGGCGCAUACCAUCGACAUGAUGUGUCAGGGCUGCGUCCGCUGCAGUCUCGCCGCCAUGGAGUACUUCAGCCGAUACACCGAAACCGUGAAGAUGCUGGUCCAGAAGAACCCGGAUGCCGAAGUCCGCCAAGGGACGGCGAACUUGAUGAUUCGAAUACUGCAAGUGAUCAAAGCAGAAUUGCCCAUACAAUACGGCAUACCGAUCCGCGAGACCGACGGGAAUGGCGAGGACGAUUUCGAGCCCCAACAUACAACCAUGAGAGGCGUCAUGCUUAUCUUCAAGGCCCUUUGGGAAAAUUUCCACACCAACCUUCGGUCAUGGCCCGAGGUCUUUGAUCUCAUGUUUUCCUUCGUCAAGCUAGGGCGCCACGAGAUUGCAAAGUUCCUCGAACAUCAUUUCCUGAAACAUCUGCUGUACAUCAUCUAUGCAGACCAAAACCUGGAUCUUCCUCAACAAUUUGCCAGGAUGAUUACAGCAGUGACGCGGAGAACUCCGUCACGUCCACCCUCGUAUGAGCGCAUCAUUGGGCUCAUCGAUGUGCUGAUCGCGCCGUUGGAGAUGGCAUAUACGGAGAGGGGUGAACCCACGGGCCCCGAUGUGCCGGACCAGCGUCUUGAUCACAAUGAAGAUACGGAGGGUCACUACCUAUUCACAAGGAACGAAAAUAAGAUUCUACACACGGAUUGGGCCAGGGGUCAAUCGAAUGUGUUUGUGGACAAACUCAUUACCAUUAAUCAGAACCCGGCGGCUACGGACUCGAUUAUUACAAACUUGAUCAGGCAGAGCAAUGUGAUGGAAGAAAAGGUGCUCCGUACCCUCAGGAACGGUAUUACUGGGCAGAUAACGCAGCACAGCAACGCCCCUUUUCUGCACGUGGCAGCCGCGGUUUUCUGUCGCGUGGCGAGCCGAGCUGAGUUGAUCAACAGUCUGAUUGAGCAUGUUUCACAACAAUGCAUGAGUUUACAAAGCGUGGAGGGCAAAUCCUUUCUAGAUUUUGAGCGCGAUGUGUUCGACUAUCCUCGCGAAAACGCCAACCAGUCUCGCGAGGAGGUAAUCCUAGCAGGAUUAGACAAUAUUCCGGAGUGGGCCCCUGGUUUACUCGGCUACUUUGAUUCUGCCAUUGCCGACGAGGUGGAGUCUUUCCUGCAGGAAAAGCUAUUCCAGUAUGGCCCAUCGCCCGUCUGCGGGGACACGGAAGAGGGCAGGCGACGAAGCGCCAAACUUAUCGAUACGGCCCGGACUCUCGGCAUGAGAUGCUUAGGAUACCUGCGCGAUAACUACGUUGCCAGGCGCAUUGAUGUAUCGACACGCAUCGUGGCCGGACCGGAGAGGGUGAUCAAGGAGUGCAGCAAGUACUUCAACCUGAGGGAGCCAGCAGAGGACGAGGAGGCGCAGGAAUUCCUCCUUCUCAGUCGCAGUAAGUUGAGAAGACCGGGGGCGAGCAGUGUGAAGAGUCGGACAAUGAUGACUAACAGUGAAAUAGGUGUCCUCGAGCCGUUACAUAGACUCACCGUCGAAGAGCUAGAGGAGGACGGGUCCGGUAUGUUUUACAGCGACUCAUCGAGCAUCGCGUCCAGCGUCACGGCCGGCUGA